GGAGGGAGUAGGAAAUUGUAAAAACAGGAAGCUGGGAGAGUAGGUCGAUUUUUUUGGUACUUACAAAAACACGGCCUCGUUGUACACAGAGUCCUAAAGGCAGAGGGAAAUGCCAGAGAGAGGAAGACACCACCAGAGGACUGAUGAGUAUGCAGAGUACGAGAGAAGGGACAGAGACUAUCCACACAAUGGGGACCACCACACUUCACACAACAGCAGAGGUCACAACCAAAAGCAAAGAGCUCCAGACGACAGAGGCUCUGCUGGUGACAGGAGGGACAAACAAAGCAGACAGAGGGACAUGACAAGUAGCCCUCACAAGGAGGCACCUGUUUACAGAGACCACAACAAUGAAGGACCCUCAAGGCUGUCCAGAGAGAUUUCCCUUUAUCACUCUGAAGGGAAUUAUUAUGAGCAACAUCCCAGAACAGCUCUAUACAAUCUCAGAUACAUUUUGACCUCAAGAGGCCUCUGCCAACUUAUGGAGCUGUUUUUGAAUCUUCUUCUCGUCAUCUGUGCUGGAGUACCGUACAGCAACAACGGGGGCUACAGAGACCUUGCCAGCUUGGGUGGAAUCUACUAUUAUCACUUUGGUGGAGCUGGUGCCUUCACUGGAGCUGACGCAGACCGAGUGAAGGAGCUGGACAGACAGUUUCACGAGCUCAAGAAGCCUCCGUACAUUUUCACCAUGGUCUGCGGAGGGCUUUUGAUGAUCUACGCUUGUGUCAUGCUAGCCCUGGGAGUUUUUAGAGUGCCUUACCGCUUCCCUCCUGCGCUGCUGGUGGAGGCUCUGCUUAACCUCCUGAUUGGCCUGGGCUACAUCCCAGGGAUGGCCUUUUACUUCAUUAAGCUGCAGGAAACCUAUGACAGUCAGAUCUGUCAGGAGAGGGAGCAGAUGUACAAGAGCAAAGGGCACAAGGGCUUUGAGUGUCAGUACCAUGGUGCAGAUAUAGCAGGAGGCUUGUUUGCGGUGCUGGGGGUGUUUGUGUUCAUUUUUGGUGCAGUGUUAGCUAUCAGAGCCUUUAAGUUAGUGAGGGAGCUAAAGAAGCAAAAGACAAAUGAGAACAAUCAUCUUUGACACAAUGUAUUUUACAGCUUGAUAUCCAUCGAACAAAAUCGGGAUGGGAUAGAAAUCCCUGUUACAAGCAGUUAUAGAGAUUUUUUGCCAUAGUAGUGACAGAAGAGCAGCCUUUCUUUGAUAUUUUUAUACCUUUAUAAGCUUGGAAGAAGUUUUUUUAAAUUAGAUUUUUAUAUAACCGUUUCUAAAUGUCUGUUACUUUUACUCAAAUGCUCUUUGUUAUUUUGUGAUGCUCUUGAUGUUCUAAAUGUCUUGUUUUUGGCUCUGUGAAGCACGUUGAUUUGCUGUAGAAUGAAUGGUGCCCUAUGAAUAAAGUUGCCUUUUACUGAGCAAAAUUCA